AUGAGCCUCGGCGUCAUUCGGACAUCACAGAUCCCUACAAUAUUUCCCAUUCAGGAGAAACAACAUCACCUUCCCCUGCCUGGUAACUCCAACCCAUAUCUUCCCACCGCAGCACCAGCAGCCAUCAAGCCUUCUACUGCCUCCAAAUCCGGUCAAGGGAACUGGCUCGCGCUCCCAGCGAAUGGUACCCCAUCUGCGCGCAAUACUAGGCCUGGAAACGGUGAUGGACCAGAAUCUCACCAGGCCCUGAUUGAAUUAAUCAGCCUGUCACAGAUCGUGAUCACGCAAGCCAGUUUUCCACCUGAUACGUUUGUCAGAGGACUUCUCCGAGGAGCACUAGCUCCCCGCUCGCCAAGGUCUUUGGGAAAUCCGCCAAGUGGCAGGUCCUGA